GUACCGCAAACGCCUUCAUUGCAAUUCUCUGAAAAAAAUGGCUGGUAUCGGUCCGCAAGCUUGCAGAAAUGCAUUUCGACAGAUUAGAGGUUUGCAUACCUCUGGAAGUCAAAAUGCCGAAGCCAGACUGAAAACUUUCUCUGUGUAUCGUUGGAAUCCAGACAAACCAGAUGAGAAACCAUAUAUGCAAGACUAUAAGGUAGACUUAAACACUUGUGGCCCGAUGGUUUUGGAUGCACUGAUUAAAAUUAAGAAUGAGAUUGAUCCAACUUUAACUUUCCGUCGCUCCUGCCGUGAAGGCAUUUGUGGUUCUUGUGCUAUGAAUAUUGGCGGCACAAACACAUUAGCAUGUAUUAGUAAAAUCGAUGCUAACUUAAGUUCAUCUAGCAAAAUCUAUCCUUUACCACAUAUGUACAUAGUAAAAGACUUGGUCCCAGAUCUCAAUAACUUCUACACCCAAUAUAAAAGUAUACAGCCAUGGUUGCAACGCGGUGACGGAAAGAAAGCUGGAUCCACGCAAUAUUUGCAAAGCGUUGAAGACCGAAAAAAAUUGGAUGGUCUCUACGAAUGCAUCUUAUGCGCGUGCUGUAGUACCUCUUGUCCAUCAUAUUGGUGGAAUGGCGAUAAGUACUUAGGACCUGCCGUACUUAUGCAGGCUUACAGGUGGAUAAUUGAUUCGCGCGACAAUCUAGCAGCGGAACGUCUCCAAAAAUUGAAAGAUCCAUUUUCAGUGUAUCGUUGUCAUACUAUUAUGAACUGCACUCGUACUUGUCCUAAGGGUUUGAACCCUGGAAAAGCGAUUGCAGAAAUAAAGAAACUGUUAGCUAAUAUUAGCGAGAAACAAAAGCCGGGUAUUGAUAUUGCUGCAUAAGUAAGUAGAAGAAGCAAAUCAGAUUAGUCAACCAUGUGUAUUUUUUAUUUACCGUGGUUACAAAUAAACAUACAUUUUGUCAAAUAAAAGUGCGUAAUGAUCCACUUGGAGUAUUUGGUAAAACAGCGUACAUUAUGCUGAAUCCAACAAAGUUUUGUAUGUAAUAAAUGCUAUAUAUUUCAAUUAUA